UCAAUGUACUACGUUACUCCGCGACUCAUCUGAUUAUCGUCUCUAUCAAGCGAAUAAAAAUCAAAAUAAAGAGACUUGGGGAAAAUCCAAUAGAUCCAGCGCUCGAUUCGGGCUCUGGUGUGAAGGCUGCCCGAGGGAUUAUUCGUCUCAGGUUAAUUGCUCAUCUUGAUUGUAGUCUUGUUACAAGAGAAGGAACUUUUUCGAAGUAUGGAAACUGAGAAUUUGAUUAACCUCCCUGCUUCCACUAGUUCUGGUAGCAGUGCGAAUAAUGAACUUCACAAGUCCGAAUCUGAUUCAGGUGAAGCUGACUAUCAACCUGGGAUUUAUGAGGCUGAAGGAGGUUCAAAAGAUGAGGAUAACUUGGGGCUCAAUGAAGUUAAUACUGGAACUGAAAAAGGAACUAGACAUCCAGAGAACUUGGGGCCCAAUGAAGAUGUUGUUGGAACUGAAGAAUGCAUGAGAGGAUCAGAAAAUUCAGGAGUUGGUGCUGUAACAAAAGAAGUCGCAACAGAUCAGGAUAAUUUGACGUCCAAUCAAGUGGAUAUUGGAAAUGAAGAUGGGGAGUUUCUGGUGGAAACAGAAGUUGACAUGGAUUUGGUGGAUUCACCUGUCAUGCAAGUGAAUCUUGAAGUGGCUGACACUGUAACAGUUUCCGAAAACCUCAGUAGCUUUGGCUUUCGAUUGAGUUCUCAGAAUGAUUUUCCAAAUAACCAAAAUGAGAAUCUUAUUCAUGGCCAUGAGAAUGGUGGUUCUGUAUCGGGCGUCAAGAGAGCAAGGAUUACAUAUGAUGAACAGCAACCUUCAGUGCAUGUUAUGUAUAACUCGUUAACAAGAGCCAGCAAACGGAAAUUAGAGGAACUAUUACAACAGUGGUCAGAGUGGCAUGCACAACAGGGUUCAUCACCUCAAGACUUGAAUGAGCUGUUAGAAUCUGGUGAAGAAACAUAUUUUCCUGCUCUCUGUGUUGGUUUGGAGAAAUCUUCUUCAGUGUCUUUCUGGAUAGAGAACCCAACAAAGAAGCUGGAGUCUAAUGGCUUUAUUCCGCCUGUUGGUGACUUUGUGCCUCUUUAUGAUCGUGGAUUUGCAUUAGGGUUGUCUUCAACAGAUGGUCGAAAUAAUGUUGAGGGAGGCCUGGAAAUAGUAGAUGAGGCUGCCCGUUGUUUCAACUGUGGUUCGUACAACCAUUCUCUCAAGGAGUGCCCUAAGCCACGUGACAAUGUUGCUGUCAAUAAUGCACGAAAACAGCAUAAGUCCAAGCGGAAUCAGAAUGCUGGCCCUCGCAAUUCAGCUCGAUAUUAUCAGAACUCUUCUGGUGGAAAAUACGAUGGUUUAAAGCCAGGUGCUCUGGAUGCGGAAACAAGGCAACUUUUGGGUCUUGGGGAGCUUGAUCCACCUCCUUGGCUUAACAGAAUGCGAGAAUUGGGAUAUCCACCAGGAUAUCUAGAACCAGAUGAUGACGAUCAACCGUCGGGGAUCACAAUAUUUGCUGAUGAGGAUGUCAAGGAAGAACAGGAAGACGGGGAAAUAAUUGAAACAGACUACCCUGACCCACCAAAGAAAAUGGCGGCUUUGUUUCCCGGAAUAAAUGCACCAAUCCCAGAAAAUGCUGAUGAAAGACUUUGGGCAGCUGGACCUUCAAGUUAUGAUCCUUUUAGGAGUAGAUCAUUCCGUAGAUCAAACCAUUCUUCAGAACCAAUCAGCAGAUGGCGUCACCAUGAGCAGAGAGGGUCUAGGGAUUCCAUUGAUGAAGGGCCUCCAGGUGUUGACCCUGUAGUCAGUCCAUCUACUUCUAGUUACCCUCCAAGAUAUGGUAAUUAUGAUUCUAGUCACAAUUUAGACAACAGAGAUCCAAUACCUUCACUUGCAAGGUCUCAUGCUGACAGAGGAAGGAGGAGUCCUUUGGCAAGCGAAGAUUUUUCCAGUCAUAUUUCACCACUGCACUCAUCAUCAAAUAAACGUCCGUCACCUCGGAAUAGUAGCUCAACUAGAUUAGAAGAUGAGAAUGAUGAGAGGUUGAAUGACUACAGGUUGGAUUAUUUGCAUCGAAGUAAUUAUGAAUACGACCGUUAUGAGUUUGACCGGCACCGUCAUCGGAGUUGGAGGUGAAUGGAAUUGUACCUUGUUGUAAUAUUGAGCCAUACAUGAUGAUUAUGACUUGUAAAAUUAUGGAAGCACAUAAAAAAGGGGAAUUUGUUUUGGUUAUUAUUCUUUUCCUGACCGUAGUCGCUCAUUUCUGUGGCUAACAGAUGGCCGGAGAUGGCCGAAAGGCUGUUGUACAAAGAAUUAUGUGGGUUUUUGCUAGUUUUGAUGGUUUUAUAGGGAUGCCUUUGUAUGAGGCCGCCUCCUGUUGUAGGAUGUAUUCGGAAAUAGCUAGACAUUUAUCUUUUUCUAUUUUCUGCAACUGCAGAUUGCAA